AUGUACUCCGACCCGCCCGAUUGGACCAGCUGUACACCUCAAACUCAAGCUCAACCCCAAAAGAAGUCGAGGUUUCCGAACACAGUUACUCUCGAUGACCACCGUCUCACCAGGGCUAGACCAUUGCAAAACUUGGCUCGGAUCGACUCCCGGUCAAACGGUGCCAACAGGAGAACCACGAGGGCUUUGGCUUUGUCAACAGUGACGACGAGGAAAGCAUUGACUCGGAUGAAGCUGAUGGCGAACUCGAUCAGCCAAAGAAGAGCUCAAACAGGAGUCUUCUUCAGUCGCUUCACUCUCUUCAAGGAUUUCGGACGGCCACCACCCAUCGGACUCGUACAGGACAAUAUGCGCGCGUGGAUUUGUCUCAUCACCUUGCUCGGCGAAAUCACCCUUCUUACGUCGGUCACCAAUGCGAUUCCACUCGGGAACGUAUCUACGAGCUAUCCUCAACCCCCGCGCCACCAGGAUCAGUUCGGAAGCGCACCUGCGAGCUAUCGGAACUGCUAG